GCACGUUAAGCGGAAGCCCGACGUGUCUGAACGAGUCGGCGGCGCCAGAGUGCGUCAAGCGCGCAUCCCGCACAAAUCCCCUCGUCCGUGACGGCAGCGAUCGGUCGCUGUGCUCGCCGCUUCGGACCACGCAGCCCACAUCUCGGGUCCUGCUUUCUGCGCUCUAUGUAUUUACUAUUCUUGCUGCUCUUUGCUGGCCUUUCUUUGCUCGUCCUUGGACACACAGGCCGCCGUCAUUUCCGCGUCGCAAUCCGUUCAGGCUCGCGCGCAGCCCAUCCGCCCGAGCCCUUCGGCAGCGGUACCUUGCGUCGUCCCGAGAGCUCUCACGCCCAACUCGGCCGCCUCACAAGAAAAGAAGUGUCACCUGCAACCUCCACGCCACGAAUACCAAGCGUGUCGUCUUUCCGAUGAUCGUGGGGCGUGACAGACGCCCAGGACUUGCUGAUGACUCCCCCCCAAGCCCCCAAGUAGCUUUCUUCUCGUUCCUCCUUGAGACUUCGAGCUUCCUCGCGUAGACGGGAGACCAUGCCCAAGUCCUUCAGGAGCUUCGACGAGGACGCCAGCGGUGACGAGGGGCAGCCCCACACUGCGGAUCUCUUCUCCCCUUUGACCCGAGAAGACAGCGAAGAGAUCUUGGACUCGGACACGCGCGCCUCGCGAACGCCCCAGUCGCCGCUGUGGUUCAGACGGACGCGAAGCAGACUCCAGUUCGCCGACGAGAGCAGCAGUUUGCUCGCCCACCCCGAUGGCACAAGAACAUACCACACCAGGAACAUUUCCACGCCGGGCACGCCCCGCACCCUGCGAACGCCAGGCCUGAGAAGGCAGCACAGCUAUGUUGGCAGCGGGCGAUAUCACAACCGCAGGGGCUCGGUCGGGCACAGCUUCAGCAACCGUCUGGUCAACGCGCUGAUCAGGGAGCGGAACAACGACAUGACGGCGAGUGGUACGGUAGCAUCGUCGAGCCCUUCUCCUUGCUCUCCCACCUGUGCCUUGUCUUCCAAGCUUUCUUACUGACCCAUGGUGUCGUGUACAGACGCGGACCUGCAGACCUCCAAACACUCCUUCUGGGUCGACGAUCGCGUGUGGUACGACCAGUUCACAAGCAUCGACUGGGUGCACGACAGCAUCGCGGACGCCUUCCGCGUAAAGGCGCUGUAUGCACGAAAAGAUUGGCGGGGUAGGAUACAGCGGUUCUUUGACGGCGGCCAGGCAUGGCUGCUCGUUGCCAUCAUCGGCAUACUCACAGCAAGUCUUGCAUACUUCGUGACCGUAAGCGAGGCCACCAUCUUCGACUACAAACUCGGCUACUGCAGCUACUCGUGGUCCUCGAACAGAAAGCGAUGCUGCCAGGGCGCCACGCGCUGCGAAGAGUGGAAGAGUUGGUCGUCGAUCGUGCUGCCCGACCACGGCCUGGACUCUGAUUUGGUCGAGUACGUCUUCUUCGUCUCCUUCGCCGUACUUUUCGCGCUCGCCUCGUGCGUACUCACCAUGAUGACGAAGACGGUCGUCCCGUCCAACAUCCAGAUCUCGACGCUGGACGAGAACCUGGGCGCCGACGACAUGCGCAUCCAGAACAAUGACGAAGCCUCGAAGCGGGACAAGAGCCCCCAGACACGGUACAAGGAGGCCCAGGACCGCCCCGCCAUGGUCUUCUAUUCUGCCGCUGGCAGCGGCGUGGCUGAGAUCAAGGUCAUCAUCAGCGGCUUUGUGUUGCAUGGCUAUCUCGGUCUGAAGACUCUUGUCAUCAAGUCGCUGGCGCUGGUUCUGAGCAUAGCGGCCGGUCUCAGCAUUGGCAAGGAAGGUCCCUACGUCCACAUCGCCACAUGCUUGGGAAACAUCAUCUGCCGCUUCUUCCCCAAGUAUCGCGACAAUGACGCCAAGAGACGUGAGAUUCUAAGCGCCAGCGCCGCGAGCGGGGUCGCGGUCGCCUUCGGCGCCCCCAUCUCCGGCGUCCUGUUUUCCCUCGAAGAAGUCAGCUACUACUUCCCCUCCAAGACCAUGUUCAGGACGUUCUUCUGCUGCAUCAUCGCCGCCAUGUCGCUCAAGUUUCUGAACCCGUAUGGCACAAAUAAGAUUGUCAUCUUCGAGGUGCGCUACAUCACCGACUGGUACACCUUCGAGAUGAUCGUUUUCGUGAUCCUGGGCAUCCUGGGAGGUGUCCUCGGAGCCCUCUUCAUCAAAGCAACUCGUAUCUGGGCUCAGACAUUCCGUCGCAUCGGCGUAAUCAAGAGGUAUCCCCUCAUAGAGACGGCCAUCAUUGCUUUGGUCACAGGCUUGGUGACGUGGUGGAACAAGUACACGCGCUUGCCCGUGACAGAACUCCUUUUGGAACUGGCAUCGCCGUGCGAUGCGUACGACGACUCCGGUGUCAGCAUGUGCCCAACCAUGGAACAGAUCCCAACCGUCAUAUGGUAUCUCUUCGUAGCGUUCAUCAUCAAAGCCGCGCUUACUACCAUCUCGUUUGGUAUCAAGGUCCCAGCAGGUAUCUACGUGCCCUCCAUGGUUGUCGGCGGUCUCUUGGGCCGUCUUGUUGGCCACAUAGUACAAUAUAUCGCACUGUCAAAUCCGCACAACGAUCUAUUUGGCUCUUGCGGAGCCAAGGGUGUACCGGAGGACUGCGUUGUGCCCGGUGUCUACGCCAUGGUUGCUGCUGGAGCCACCAUGUGUGGCGUCACGCGCCUCACCGUCACUCUUGCAACCAUCCUUUUCGAACUCACUGGCUCGCUCGACCACGUCUUGCCCUUCGCUGUUGGCGUUCUCGUUGCCAAAUGGACGGCCGAUGCGAUUGAGCCUCUCAGCAUAUACGAUCUUCUCACGGACAUGAACUCGUACCCUUUCCUGGACAACAAGGUUCGGCCUGUGUUCACCGGCGAACUGGGAGACAUCGUGCCCCGUCACCUUCGCGAGGAACGUAUCAUCGACAUCACAGAUUCCGUCCUCAUCCCCGCGAAGCAAUUGCGGGUGCAGGUGGAGACUCUGCACAUGGCGGGAGAGCUUGACGGCGGCCUGCCCAUCAUCAAAGACGGUGCUUUGGUAGGGUUGAUACCAACGCCGGAUCUUGAGUUUGCGCUCGACCGUUUGGAGAACGAGGAUAACACGUUGUGUCUGAUGAGCCGAGAGGCCAAAUUCGCAGCGUCCUCAGGGAGGGAAAACGCUCGUAGUGGAUUUGAUGACGAAGAAGACGACCCCACAGAUUUCACGUCCUUUAUCGACCCAGCUCCCAUGCGGCUGGAUGUGCAUAGCCCAAUGGAUUUGGUGUACGAGUGCUUCGUUAAACUCGGUCUGAGGUUCAUCUGUGCGGACCGAGAGGGCAAGUAUGCCGGCAUGAUACACAAAAAGGCGUUUGUGAAGUAUUGCAAGGACCUCGAGAAGCAUAGACAUCGUUCGAAGAGCGGACACUAGUGGUCCGGAUCUACUGCAUUUUACAUUUUGCAUUCAACCGGCGCUGGAUCAUAAACAUGAGGUAGUUUUAGAUUUCUGUCAUACCCCGAUCGAUUCAGCGGCAUUGGGCGGCUCGUCUGUCACUCUUACAUGAUCUGCAAUCGUAACCAGAUUGUUGUCAAAUUUAGACACGUGAACAUUUCCAUCGUUGAGCUGAGAAUCGAUUUUGAUUUAG